AUGGAUCCCGAUGACGUCAAGCUCACGAUCCAGUCCAAGUCAAUUUCUCAUUCUCUCAGCCGCCGCCUCGAGAGGGUCAAUUUAACAUUCUGGGAUGAGCUAGCUCAUGUAGCUUUUCAGCAUGUUGAGAAAGGCCAGCAAAUAUACGUUUCAGGACGUCUCGUGUCUGAUACUGUGCAGGGGGACGAUGAGAAAACACAGGUUUAUUACAAGGUAGUUGUUCAGAAGUUGAAUUUUAUUGAGAAGACCUACCCUGCAGUGUCAUUGUAUAACCCGGAGUCAAACUCAGUGAGUUCAGAGGGGAAAUUUCAAAACUAUGGGGGCAAUUCUUCUGGUUCAACUGAGAAGCUUUGGCAGGCUUUCUUUGCUAAUCCGGUUGAUUGGUGGGAUAACAGGCAGAAUAAGGCUACUCAUAUUAGCGUCGGGGUUGAUGUUUGUAUGAGUUAUGAGAGGAGACUCUACUUCAGUCUCCCAAGAGUGCAGCAUGUUCUUCAUGCCAACAGAACAAAAUUACCUUAUAGGAUGUCAAUGUGCAGUCACCGAGUAUUCCUAUUUCUUGAAUUCAUAUGA